AGCAGUCAGAUCAAACAGAUCAGAUUCUUGACGGCAGAAGACGAAUGCAGGAUCAUGAAGAUGUCAGGAAGAGUCACCAGUUGCUGUGUAGCUCUGCUCCUUUUUCUGACCUCUGUGUCAGCUGCACACAAAAGACUAAAUUCAAUCAAGGAUUUAAAGAAAAUCGACUUUGGCCAAUCUGUGCCCAAGCACAGUCUUGUGCUGCUCCACUGGUUUGCUAAUGAAGUUGACAUCGACAAUAACAAUAUCAUACAGCUGACCUUUGACCCUAACAGCGAUUAUGGCUCACAUCAUUACGGCAACUAUGAAGGACUGUUGGACCCCCUGCCUCAAGGAUUCCGGUACUACACUGUUGGCAAUCUCAAUCAAGGCAGGUCCGCUCAGUUUCCAGAUUAUGUUGUCCAUCCCAGAAGGGAGUAUUUGGGGGGAAAUAGGGACAGGAUCAUAAUCAGAGUCCAGGAGCAGAGGAUAGACCAGGUGUACAUCACACAGCAUUAUGACACUUCUGAACAUCAGGGGACGCCUUAUGAUCCAGUUCAUACCUACCAGGUAACUAAUUACCUGUUACGACAGAUCAGAGAGUUUUCUGUAAGGGAUGGCCAACAGCCACUGCUGUACCUUAGAAACCGCUUUGGAAGUAACGCUGAUGAUGGCUACAUCAGACACACAUGGGGCAGCCUUGCUUGCCUUGGACUGUUCUUGUUUAUUGUGAUUGAGGAAAAGCACUUACUGAACCAACGCAACAACAGACCAGAAGCAAACAACAGACCAGAGGCGAACAACAGACCGGUAAUCAUCGACAGGCAAGUAAUCAUGAACAGGUCGCUAAACAUCGACAGGCCGGUAAACAUCGACAGGCCGGUAAACAUCGACAGGCCGGUAAACAUAAACAUCCUGGAAAGCAGCAACACACCGACAGAGAGACGCAACAGAUGUAAUCAUUGUGGUUAUUGUGCAUUGGGGCUUUGCUGUUUUUUAAUAUUCAUUUUAGCAUUAUUAAUAGUUUUUUGGGCAUUGUUUUUGCAAUAAUUUAGAAAAAAGCUGCAAAAAUAUUUCUGCCACAGCCCUAAAAAUCCUAUGAAAUGUCUUCAAGUCACAACACAUAAUCUCAUGGAGCUGUCCACACUGAAACCUAAAUGAACGGUUGUCUGUUCACUUUUCACUUUAACAGUGAGCACCUGGAACAGUGAAAGACUCCAAUCACUGGCGAAAUAAUGACAAUCAAAUCAGCACCAGUAUAAGAACAGCACUUUCUCCUCAGCCAGGAUGACCAACAGAGCAGAUGAUCAAAAGUAAGAUAAGAGUUUCUCCUACAUUUUGGUGUCCGUCUCUUAUUUUGACACACCAACCACAGGGACAGGGACUUCAUGGUGUUUACAGGUAGAACAGAGCUCUUUUCCUGAGCUGCUGUGGACAGGACAGGUUUGAGGGUGUAGGGCAAUGCUAACAUGCUUGUGAUUAAAAAGGGCAAAUACUAAAUCACCCAUUUCAAACUAAUGUUUGCUUGGACCCACAGACUUUGACCGACAUGGCACAGUUUAAUAUCCGUACUGAAUUUUGCCUGCAUGUAAAAAUUAGCAUGACAUCACAUGAGAUCAAAAACAGCAUGAUAAUUUACAUUUUACUAUACAAUGAAGGCAGGUUUAUCAGUUUGUUUUAUACCAAAAAUCACAUCUGGACAUUUUGAGCUUUGCAGCUCGAUUUACAAGAUUGCCGUUUGUUAACAACACAAAUCUGUCUUCAUUACAAAUGUACUGGCACUGGGAAAAAUGGCAUUUAUUGUAUGAUAGCACACUGCUCUAGUGUGGUAGUAAAGGCUGUAACAUAUAAUAGAAACAUGUGACAUGGUCUAAUGUUAUAUUAGUGACUCAAUGCUAAUUCAUCUUCUGUCUGAUAGAGAUGAAGAGGAAGUAAGAUAAACUAAACCAACAACAAAUAAGUGAAAGACUAUGUCUGAUAAGGCCAGCCUUCCCUGUUAAUGUAGAGUGCAAUUCAAUUCUGGCUGUGUAUUUUUUUAAUGUGUAUUGAAUGUGUAUUGUUGAAAAGUGUCUUUAUUAAAGUAUCAUCUAUC